CUUUCAUAGGCAACAGCACCGAUUUGAUUGAGUUUGCAUGCGUGGGGUCUGUGUCUCCCUGAAAAAUAAAAAAUUGAUAUAUAAGGCAACAAGACACGCUAAACAACUCGAUUAGUUAUCACGAUGCGAUUGGAGUGUAUUUAGUGGACGUAAAAAAAAAUGCAGCUUCGUGUGAUCAUCCGACUACUGCUGAUAGCUUUUGUGAGCUUAUGCGGCAUGCAGCGGCUACACUGUGCCAAAAUAUUGUCAAUUUUUCCAUUCCCAGGGCCUUCUCAGUACAUUUGCGUGCAGGCCUAUUUGAAAGAGUUGGCGGCGCGUGGCCAUGAAGUCACCUCAAUUUCAGCCUUUCCACAGAAGAAGCCGCUAGCAAAUUUUCGCGAUAUAUCCAUGGAGGAGGUGCUGAAUGGCUAUGAGGAAACCAUCGUUAACGUAAUCGAAGUGGAGCGCAAUAAAUGGGAAGAGCUUAAUCUUUACUAUGAUUUCUUUACCGGUGGCACCUUGUCGGUGCUGCAAAGUGCGCGCGUUCAACAGCUACUCCAGUCGCAUGAACAAUUCGAUCUCAUCAUUGUGGAAGCAUUACAAAUGGAUGCGGUCUAUGCAUUGGCACACCAUUACAAAGCACCAAUUAUCGGCAUAUCUGCUUAUGGCGCAGAUCCAACAAUCGAUGAGUUGGUGGGCAACACUUCACCCAUCUCUUAUGUGCCUUUGCCGCUUUCGCAACUCAGCGAUCGCAUGAAUUUCUGGCAACGUCUGCAGAAUCUGUGGCAUCAUUUCUUGCAUCAGCUACAUAUGCACUACUACUAUCUACCCAAUCAAUUGGCCAUCUAUAAACAAUAUUUUCCCAAUGGCACGGCUGAUAUUCUGGCUUUGCGCAAGAACUUUUCCUUAGUACUAUUAAAUCAACAUUUCUCCAUUAGUUUUCCGCGCCCGUAUGUGCCAAAUGCCAUCGAAGUUGCUGGCAUGCAUAUUAGUCAUAAACCAAAGAAGCUACCCGCCGAUAUGGAGGAUUUUAUUAAGUCAUCGCCUGCGGGUGCGAUCUACUUCUCGCUCGGUUCGAAUGUGAAGAGUAAGAAUUUGUCGAAGGAAAAGAUUGCCGCGCUAAUGCGCGUUUUCGCCUCAUUACCCUACAGUGUACUUUGGAAGUUCGAAGCUGUUGAGUUGCCGGAUAAGCCGAAGAAUGUCUACAUCAGCAAAUGGUUUCCGCAGUCGGACAUUCUUGCCCAUGCCAAUGUAAAGCUUUUCAUUUCGCAUGCUGGUCUACUCAGCACCACCGAGGCGAUACAUCAUGCGAAACCCGUGGUUGGUAUGCCUGUCUUCUUUGAUCAAUUUCUCAAUAUGGAACGCAUUAAGCGCUUAGGCAUUGGCGUGUCUGUGAACUAUAAAUCUUUCACUUACGACGAUUUGAGGUGUGCUAUAUUGGAGGUUUUGGAAAAUCCAAAAUAUACACAAACGAUACAGCAAUUAUCGCGACGUUAUCACGAUCGGCCAAUGAAACCGUUGGAUACGGCAAUUUACUGGACGGAAUAUGUGUUGCGACAUAGGGGAGCGCCACAUAUGCGCGUAGCUGCUCAGGAAUUGAACUUUAUACAAUAUAAUAGCUUGGAUACGCUGGCGACGUUGAUAGGCGGCAUAGUUGGGACUUUAGCGCUGCUCGGUUGGGGUGUAUAUAGAAUUCUAAGCGGACUGUUUUUGAGCGAAGAUGUGGAAAAGAAGUUAAAGCGCAGCUGAUAAUAAAUUGUUGCGGCAUAUGAUUUAUAAAGAAAACGAGUAAAUGGAAAACAUAUGUCCAACUUGUAAACAUGUGCUUUUUUGUAUGCCAAUUGUAGAUAAAUAACUAUGAGAGAUAAAUAUACGAUGAACAAUUUUGUCAGUCAAA